AUGAACAUUGGUACUGAUAAGAAAGAGAAGUUUAUAGAUGGGUUCCUCUCUGCGAAAAGUAGAAAGUUGGUAAGCCUUGCCUUUGCAGCAGCGAUAGGUAUAACAUUUUUGGUGUUAGGAUGUGCUCUUCCUCAGUUCAACAACUGGUGGCCUUUGUUUGUGCUGUUUUUCUAUAUCCUGGCUCCUCUGCCAAUUACCCUCUCCAAGCGCUGUAUGAACUCGUUUGACUCCACCAGUAGUGCCUGCUUAGAAAUUGCCAUCUUCCUUACUACAGGGGUGGUUGUGUCAUCAAUGGGUUUACCAAUAGUACUGGCUCAUGUCAGUGUGAUCCAAUGGGGAGCAUGUGGGUUGGUACUGGCAGCUAACACAGUAGUAUUUUUGACAAUUCUUGGCUACUUCUAUGUAUUCGACAAUGACGACCUAGACUAUUCAAUGUGGUAAAUAACUCAGUGUAUGAUGAAAACCUCACAGGAUGAAAUUGUCAACAUUCAGCACACAGCUGGACAUUGUUAAGUUUUUUCCAAGCCGUUUUCUCUACAAAUCAUUACAGACAUGUGGUCCUGAGGAUUGUAUGGUCUCAUGUGGUCAGUGGAAUGUUGCCAGAGAAAAAAAUAAUCAAACGAGAAUCUCUCUGACAUCAGCAAUAUCAAUUAUGUAUUUCUAGUAUAAAAAGAGGCAAAAAGUUUUUAUAACUUUGAUAAAGUCAAGAUCAGUUGAUGUAGCAAACAGUGUUAUAAGUUGAGCAUUACUUUUACAUGUAGUUCUUUAAUAGUCAGUACUGUCAGCUCUUGUGAAAACAACUAUUUCUGUAAUGAUAUUUUGUGUUUUAUCAUUGUUUGAACUUUUGGAUUUAAGAUCGAUAUACUAUCUGUCCUAUGUUCUUACUGCAUAGUAAUAUACUUAAUGUGUUGUAUAUAAUACAUGUUUUGAUGAUAUGGUAUAGGUAUUAAUGGUAUGGUACUUAGACUACUGUACAGUGGUGAUAUCUAUUGUAUAGAAACUGAGUAAAUACAAUGGUUGCGCAGUAUUUAUAUUUACAGUUCUUGUAUACAGUUUACCUCCCCUUGAUUUGCUGUAUUGAUAGUACAUAUACUUACAUAUACUACAGGCAUUCAGCUGACCCUUGACACUGGGGAAUUUCAGAAGUCAAAUCAUAUACCAAAGGUAUCUGAAUGGUAAAAACAUGUGAAAUAGACAAAACUCCAAGUGUCAAAUCUCAUUUUUGGAAAUGAAAACAUACUUUCAAGGCUCUACUGAAUGCUCUUUAGUAUAUGUAAUAUUUUCCUUGACUGUGUAGUAUGUACUCUACUGCUCACAACGACUGUAUUUACAGGUACUUUCAUGUGCUAUAAUUUCUGUACAGUGUUUGUCAACAGUCUGACUUAUUUUAAGGUGAGGACUCCUUAUAGUAGCUGGUGGCAACAUCUUCUCCAAAAAUCCUGCGGAAGGCUUGUCACAUGUUAUACAAAAUAAAUAGAGAAACGUGUCUUGCCCAUGGACACAACUUUAACAGCACAGGAUGAUCCAUGAUCUCAGCUUCUGAGUAAACCGUCCUGAACAUGUGAUAAGGAUUGAACAGCUCACCUGAGUAAUGCAUUUGUACGGUGUUAAUGUUUACCAUAUAAUACUUACAAUGUAUUAUUAAUUAUACCAUUAAUUAUGUUUACAUUUACUGUGUGUUUAAAGCCUAGUAUGUAUCUGUUAUGUGUAUUUAUGAUGCAGUAUCAAUAGUAGAGUAAGUAAUUAUAGUUCUGUUUUUCAGAUGUCUUAUUUUCGCUCUAUUAACAAUAUUGUAUGUGUACUGCACAUAUUUGUUACCUGUCUAAGGCUAGAGCGUUAAUAUUGUUUAAGCUGAACUCAGAUUUGUUUAAAAAAAAAAAAAAAAUCUUUGUAUUCAGAAAUACCUAAAGUGCAUAAAUGAUGAAUUUCUUUUCAGAUUACGUAGAUGUAUCAUCAGUUGAGUGUUGUUUUGCUGACAUGGACAGGAUAAGACCUGUAAAAUUGUUUAGAAUGCAAUGCUUGUGUCAGUGAUUUGUCAGUGUAGUCUAUAGAAGUAUCUAAUGACAUUGUUCAUACUGUUCUGUGGGUAUAUAGUUUUAGCAGGAUUAUAUUAUCGUACAUGUGUUACCAUUAUGACAUGAAGCAGUCAUAAUCUACAUACUGAUAUAUUUUGGUUAUGUAUUUUGGCACAUAUUACAGAAAUGUCUUAGUGCUUUGAUAUUUACCUAUAUUACAUUUGUGUAGUAUGAUGUAGCACAUACCUGACACUAAGUAACAACACUAGUAUGAUUGUACUGAACUCUCAAUUUUUUGUGAAUAUUGGUAUUCAGGUAGUGCUACCACAUCACUAUUUUAUCACAGUGACCUAGAAAACAUCUUAUCAUUGUCUGUUAUUGUGACAAAACACAGUGACGUGACUAAGGUGUUAAAAGUUUUCAAAACCUUUUUCUGAUUUUUUCUGUCUUUUGAGCAUGAACAGCAAAACAUAAUUCUGUGGAAUAGACUUGUAUAAGGUUUUAUAAAGAAGAAUUAUGAAGAGAUGUUCAGAUGAUUAGAAAAAUAGUAUGAAUGUCACCUAAAGAAAAUUUCAAAUACCGGUAGCAUAAGAAAUGCUGAAAUGCCAACUGUAAGUUGAAAGGAAAUGAUGUGUUAAAUUCAGCAGUUUUAAAAUCAAAAUAUUUUGUACAUAUUAUAUAGUCUGUAAGUUUGUGUCUUUGUACAUCAUGUGAAAAUGUCCUUAAAUGUCAAAGAACAAAAGUUUUUUAUAAAUUUAUAUUUAUACUUACAUACUGUAUAAUAGAAUAUAACUGUACAUAGUGUCAAUUCUGCCAUCUUCGUAUAUGAGACACAAAUUAAUACCAGUGACAAAUAUACCAUCCGUUGCUUUUUAAAGUACAGUUUACCACAUACUCGAUUCUCUAGGGAGUUAUGAUCAUUUUCUCUUUCUACAACAAUGAACAUUUCCUGGCAAAAUUGAAGACACAAGUGGAGCAAUUUAACUGUUCAAGAACAGGUUUCAGGAAGAAUUGGAUGGGGGGGGGGGAACAGACUGGUGUACUUCUUUGAAGAUUACAAAGAAGAAACACCCAAACGGCAGUACAACAUACUGUUAGAUGACCUCAAGAUUUGUUCAAUGUACAUCAAAGGAUCUUCUUGUCUUAUCUAUGAGGUGUUGCCUGUGGAAUGUUAAAUUUUGCCAUGAAAUAUUGCAGGGAUGCAGAAAACAAUUGUGAUUGUAACCCCUGGAGAAACAAGGAUGAGUUUACAAUGGAAAUCUUUUUAUGGUUAGCAGAAUACUGAUAACUUUUUUUCCAAAAAAAAGGCUUUGCAGUACUUCAGUAACAUAUUUUAUUUGAAAUGUGAGUCAGUGUUGUUGGUUCCGUUCUGUUGCCAUCUAAAAUAUGGAGAAGAACUUUAUCUUGCAAUUUUUUUCAAUUAAUGGACAUUGUUAUUAAUACUAGUGAAAUCACAGCACAAUAUUGAUAGGAAAUCACCUCACAAUAUUAAUACAUUUUUAUGUAGAACAAGUUAUGCUAAAAUUAAUAAUGCAAUGUCUCACUAUCAAAAUAUGACUGAGUGUAUAAAGUGAUAUUGAGGCACAACUUCUGUAUCACAGAGAUAUUAAAAAUACAUGAAAUACAAGCAGGUUUUUUUUCUGAAGUGAUUUGAAAUCAUUUUGAUUAUUUCAUGAUGCAAUAUUUUGGGGAUCUAAAACAACAGUCAAGUUCAUUGUACAUAAUGUAAAUUUGUAUUUAUUUCGUGUGGUUCCAUAACAACCAAGAUAUAGUACCUAAAAUAUUUCAUGUUAUACAAUAUCUAUGUGCAUUUUUGCACAACAUGUAUCAGAUUCUAGUUAUCAAAUACUUUUUCUGAAUUAUUCUGGACCAGAAUAAUAUAAAAACAAAAAGUAAAUAUAAUAAUUGAGACUAAGAAAUACUUAGUUAUUUGUGUGUAUCUACAUAACUGGUUACUUUUUCUUACUGUGUUUUUACCUUUUACACAAAGUAAGCAUAGUUGUCUGUGUAUUGUUGACUAGUUUUAUUCUUGAUCAUCGGAUUUUAGCAGCGGAUUUGGGAUUUUGGGGAGAAAAAAAAGGGAAGAGGGGGCAGAAACAUUUUCCCACCGUUUCACAUGUGAAAUACCAUCCUUCUUGAAAAAACACAAAUUUCAUAGAUAGCUAAAAUACCUGAUUGAAACACUAGGUGUUGGGCUUAUAUUUAAUAAUAGUUCAUGUCUAAAUAUACAAUUUUAGGGUCAGAAAAGGGAAAUAUCCCUCUUCAAUAGGGAUGGUUUGUAAGUUCAUCUCAAGAGGCAUAAUGUUAAAAUCAGUGAAAAUGAUAUAUUUUUCUUAAGGCUUCUUUAAAGUCAGUGAAAUAUCAUUAUCUUUCUGGGUUUGUACCAAUUUGUGGGACACACACGACUCUUCAUCUUUAGAUAUGUUAUCUAAACUUGUGCUUAUUACAAGUGUAAUCAUAUUCUCAUAACAUGUUAGUCUGUAGUGUUGUAAAACCUUUAUACAAUUCUAAGACAGUUAUCAAUGUAAUGUCAUUACAUUUGAAAAUAGAUUCCCAAAAAAAAAAAAGGUUUUUUGGGAAACUGAAACUAUAAUUUAUUAUUUUGAUCUUUACUGAUUGAUGUUCUACUGGAUUAAUUUUGGACUUACUGUUGACAAAGUUAUAUUCUGAGAUAAACAAUUAGCCACACAUACCGGGGGUAUGUAUUCUUUAACUGUCAAUAAUAACAUUUUCACUUUUUAUAUAUGAAGAGAAUCUAGAAGCACAAGAGUUGUGAUCAGAUUGAUUGCCAGCAAUUAAAUACUUGUAGACACUGCAAUAAUCGUCAUUUAAUUAUGAGUGCUAAUACCCAUCAUCAUGAAGGUGAUGUGCUUAAGUUAGGUAAUUAUCUUUGAAUCAGUGUUUGUAUAUUUAACCUCCCUGCUGGUAUUUCUACAGAAGUUAUAGGUUUGUACUUAAUCUAUGUGCCAGUCUGAAGGAUAUAUCUUCUGUAUUCUUUACCUUGCAAUUGCCAAAUUUUCCAUGUGAGUACCUCAGUUCUCUGUUCCACUACAACAAGAGUUGUGACCCAUUUUUAUUUUCACAACAAGUCAGAUAUAUUACUACCUGAUUGUUAACCCAUGAACACUCUUUAAAAUGACAAGAAACUUAUUUGUGUGCUAUCAAAUUACACACAGAUCUUUUUUAAUAUAUAUGUUAUAGGGGGAAUGGGAUGUGAGUGUAUAGAUGUGAAUAGUUUAGGGGGAGUUGGGGUCUGAGAGAGGCAUACAGAGAAUGAUUAGGUAUAUAGAUUAAGAGAGUUGCUUUUAAAUAUAACAACUUUUGACCUGGUGUACCUUAUGACUUCCUUGAUGCACCUUUCAGUUUCGAGUCCUGUUUCAAAAGUUUUUGGCUUGUUGAGGUGUCCAUUAUACAUGUGUAUAACACUGAAUGGCACUUUCAGGCAACCAUGAUUAACCAGAUCUAGACAAGAUCAUUGCAUGACCUAUGACCUUACUAAUUUCAAAACCCUUAACAAACCAUUUUACUAGUAGUACUACCAAUGUUAUUGCUAUUUCUUUGUUUUAAACAUUAAAUUUUAUCACCACAUCUGUAUUAGAUUCAUCCUAUUCUGUAGCAUGAUAGUGAAUGCAUUUGCCCUGUCAGUAUUGUAAUUGUGAUGGUUCUUUUCCCCUUAAAUACCAGUUUUGGGACGUAUUGAAAUGAAAAAGAAAAUUCAAAAUUUGGGUACUUGCAAAAUUUUAGUGUUUCAUUGAAGGAGAUUUUUUUACAAUUCAAAUUUCCAGCUUUUAAACUAUUGAUUUAUAGAAAAUCCUCGAAAAACCAAUUAAUAUAACACAAUAAUUGAAAAUGCUGGCUUUAAUCCAAACUAACUUUGAUUGAAUUUCGAUUUGACCAAAAAAAGGUAGGAGUCUCCUGUCAAAAUAGGAAGCAUUAGCAAGUAUGUCGAUAUAUUUGAAAUAAUUUUGAUAUGAAAUCUAUGAUCAUUAAUAAUAUGAGGGAAAGGAAAGAUUUACUAUAAAUGAUUUGCAGUAAAUAUAUACUAUAAAUUGUACAUACAGAUCCAGUCAGAGUUAAUUGGUCUCCUCAGGAUAAGGUGACCUGCACAUUUUAUUUAACUGGAUCUAGAUAUUAUUUGUCAUAUUUUUGCCAUUGUUAUUUUGCUUUUGUUUUGUUACAAGCAAGACCUAUGAUGUACUUAUUUAUUUGUACAUAAUAAAUGUCUUUCUAAACAAA